AUGUCACUAGAACGCCGCCUUCAUUCGAACCCGCCGCUGAAGGAAGACUACAAGGCGUUCAUUCAGGAAUACCUUCAACUAGGGCAUAUGGCUCUGAUUAAACCUAGCAACGAAGUCUUGCCACCUGACAAGAAAACAUACUUCAUGCCGCAUCACUGCAUCGUUCGCCCGGACAGUGUUACAACGAAAUUUCGCGUUGUAUUCGACGCAUCUUGCGCCACCGAGAGCGGCGUCUCGCUAAACGACGCUUUAAUGGUGGGUCCCGUCGUUCAAGACGAGCUGUACAGCUUUCUCCUACGCUUUCGAAUCCCUCGUUUUGUCAUCGUUGCCGAUUUGCAAAAAAUGUAUAGGCAAGUGUUGGUGCAUCCAUCGGAUCAUAUGUUGCAACACAUCGUGUUUCGUUCCUCGCUAGUAGAUCCUAUUGAAAUCUAUGAGUUACAGACGAUCACUUAUGGUACUGCGGCUGCACCGUACCUUGUGACCCGUUGUCUUCAGCAACUUGCAUCUGACGGUGAGUUGACUCACCCAGUAGCCUCCAAAGUGCUAUCCAAAAGUUUCUACAUCGACGACCUGCUGUCCGGGGUGGAAUCAGAGGAAGAAGGAAACGAAUGUGCCGACAAUUGA